AUGUCAAAUAAAACUGAUGCAGAAUGGAGGGCCACCCUAUCCCCUGAAGAGUACGAUGUCUUAAGGAACAAAGGUACAGAAAGACCAUACAGUGGGAAAUAUUUGAGUAAUACUGAUCAUGGAAUUUACGAAUGUCGUGGUUGUGGGAACCCGCUUUACCCUAGUUCAACUAAGUUUCAAUCAUGUGGUUGGCCAAGUUACGCAGAUUCAAUACCAGGGGCAAUUAAAACAAAUAAAGAUUAUUCUCAUGGGAUGGUUAGAACUGAGGCUACAUGUGCCAAAUGCGGUUCUCAUCUUGGUCAUAUUUUUGAGGGAGAAGUUAAUUCUGGAAGUCCUACAGGUGUCAGACACUGUAUAAAUUCAAUUGCCUUGGAUUUUAAACCAAAAAAGGAAGCUUGA